AGCGGACGGAGAGCCGCACUGCACGCUGACAAGCCAGGACAGGGCGAGGCGGCGGUCCCGGUGUAUGCCCCCAUCCAUCAUCGCUAUGGGAAUUACCACAGCGUCGUCUGUGAAGCAGACCCUCACCUCGCAUCUAAAACCGGUUCACCUGGAGACACAGACUAUAAAACACUGCAGUGGAGACUGUCGCUGCUCAGAGCCGGGCUCAGCUUCUCUCCUCCGGUAAACUGAGGAGGAUGAUGAUGACAAACAUCUAUAGAUGAGAAGUCUUUCUCAGGCCGUCACCUUGGACCUCUGCUCGACCUUCAUCUGUAUACUCUAAAUGAGGACCAUGCCUGCCAUGUGUGUAUCCGCAGUGCUCUUAUGUACAGUUGUGGUCGAUAUCUCAGCUCGGGUUUUGACCACAUCCAGCACAGAUGACCAGCCCAUUCUUUCUCAACGGCACUAUCAGCACACUGACCAAGACACGGGCACCCAGCUGGUCUGUGAUAAAUGCCCGGCUGGCACCUAUGUCUCCAUCCACUGCUCUCCAACAUCUGUGAGGGAAUGCAGCCCCUGUCCCAAAGGCACCUUCACACGGGGAGAGAAUGGAGUUCAGCAAUGCCAUCGUUGCAGGAGUGCUUGCCCAGCUGGCUUUAUCGAGAAAACGCCUUGCACAGCCACCCAGGAUCGAAUCUGCACAUGCCCACUCAAUACAUUCCUGUCAGGGGAUGGUGGUGCUGUGUGUAAGCCCCACUCCUUGUGCCCCCCAGGCAAGAGGGUGAAAAAGCAGGGCAGUGAGAAAAAGGACGUGGUCUGUAAGCCGUGCUCUGAGGGAACUUUUUCAGAUGUGGAAUCAAGUGCAACACAGUGCAGAAAUCACACAGACUGCCAGGUUCAGGGGCUGGUGCUGCUCUCACCAGGGACUAGAGAGAAAGAUAAUAUCUGUGGACCCCUUUCUACAGCUCCAUCCUCUGCCUCCACCACCACUUCAGGUGGCUCAGGACAGGCUGUGCUUGUACAGGAACCCAUUAUUUCUUCAAUCUUUCCAGCACCCCUGGCUGGACCUGCACAUAAAGGUACCCACAGCCAGUCAGCAGCCAUUCAGCUGAAGGAAUCCCAGGGUGGAAAAAGCCAGCGAGCAGAAGAGCACCUCCUAAGCCAUCCUGGCACUCUCACCCCACCAAAUUGGACUCCAGUUCUCACAGCUCAUGAGGAACCAAUGGACCAUGAGUUGCAGAGGGGGCAACUGAAUUCUGACCCAAACCCAGGGCCUAACAAGAGGGCAAUGGAAGGUCUGGGGACUGAAGAAAUAGUCAAGGUUGAAACAAGCAUAAGAAAGAUUAAUGGACAAGAUAGCGUAGGUGGGGCCUCCAGCUCCUACAGGCCAACUCGCAGGGGAUUCCCAAGACCAAGCGCCCAUAAUCACUUUGACAUAAACGAGCACCUGCCCUGGAUGAUUGUACUGCUGCUGUUGCUGGUGCUGGUGGUGAUCGUAGUGUGUAGUGUGAAGCAGAGCUCUCAGGUGUUGAAGAAGGGCCCAAUGCAGGACCCGAGCAGCAUCAUGGAGAAGGCAAUUCAAAAGAAACCACCUGCACCACUAACUCAAGCCCGAGAGAAGUGGAUCUACUAUUCCAACGGACAAGGAGUGGAUAUCCUGAAGCUCGUGGCAGCCCAGGUGGGCACGCAGUGGAUCGACAUCUAUCAGUCGCUGGCUAAUGUCACCGAGCGUGAGGUGGCUGCCUUCUCCAACGGCUACUCUUCUGAUCAUGAGAGGGCGUACGCUGCGCUGCAGCACUGGACGAUCCGGGACAGCGAUGCCAACCUGGCUAAGCUGAUCAACGCCCUGCACCGGCAGCGCCGCAUCGACGUGGUGGAAAAGAUCCGCUGUGUAAUGGAGGACAACCCACAGUUUGACGUCAAUCAGCUGAUGACCUCAGGGAAUGUAAGCAAUAGACACAGUCCAAUCCAGAAGCCCACAGAGUCUCCUAUUAGCAUUGCCAGCAACAGUAGCAUGGGCCAGGUCAGUGGCAUGGGUUUGGCUCAGUCACCAGUGGACCGCACCAAAGGCUUCUUCCCUGAUGAAUCGGAGCCCCUUCUUCGCUGCGACUCUACCUCCAGCAAAGACUCCGCCCUGAGUAGGAAUGGCUCCUUCAUUACCAAAGAGAAGAAAGACACAGUGCUCCGGCAGGUGCGUCUGGACCCAUGUGACCUGCAGCCCAUCUUUGACGACAUGCUGCACAUCCUGAACCCAGAGGAGUUGCAUAUCAUCGAACAGAUCCCAGCCGCUGAGGACAAACUGGACAGGCUCUUUGAGAUUGCAGGAGUGAAGAGUCAGGAGGCCAGCCAGAAGCUGCUGGACUCUGUGUACAGCCAUCUCCCUGACCUCUUGUAGCAGAGGAAAGAUCAGGAAACAGCACAGACUGGAGUUGGCACAAGAAUAAAAAGAAGUACGAGGGAUGAAUACAAUGUUGUGUUCAAGUUAAGUCUUGGGUGGCAUUUCAUCUAAAAAGCUGUCAUCAUGCCACUUCAUUUGAACAUGGUCUGUGUCUGCUACCUCCAGUGACUCUUUAAAAUCUUUACUUUAUUCCUUUUCUUGUUCUUCUCACACAAGUACUCCUUUAAAACAACCCAGCCUAUACCACGAUGAACUCAAUAUAACAGAGAGAAUGGCUCAACAGCCUCCUAAUUUGGAGGAAUACUGGGUUGAAAAGUAGCGUAGACGUAAAUGGACUCCAUAGAAAAUCACACGUAGCACUUUCUUUAUCUGAAACGGUCUUCAUGCCUUCAUGUCUAAAGAAUAAAACUGGUGGGGGGUUUUUGUAGUUUGUGCCUGUUGUUCAGGCUUCUCAUGCCUUUAACAUGGAUCAAGUGUUACACGCUACAUUUAACAAUGAACAUGGUAAAGGUAAAUAAGCUAUAACUUCAAAUGAUGCUGGUAUUAUUCUUUAGUUUUAGGGUUCUUGUAAAGAAUAUUUUUGCCCAGGUGUAGGUUUAACUGUAAGUCAUGUGCCUGAACUUUCCAAAGCUUUGUUCCUCCCUCCCUCUUACUGUAACCACCAGCAGGGAGCAGCAUUACUUAGAUGGUUGUCCUGCUUUUCUGCAACCAAAACCAUAGCUCAAAAAAGACCUUCUAAACUUUGUCUAAUGUUCUGAUAUAUGGUUCUGCAAAAACUCUUUUUGAGAAAAAAAAAAAAAGCUGAACUAAACGGGAAGCUUAACUGCGUUGACUGGCCGCAGUCUGCUUCUCUGGUACUGAAACCAUGUCUGAAAAGGUUCAGCCACCUUUGAAUUCAUGGGCAGGAGAAAUACUUGGACUAGUACACUCAUGCAGACCUCAACUAGCUACCCCUGGUUGCCUCAACAAAUGUAGUGUUGAUAAAGUGUUCUUGAUACAUUCUGGAGCUUAAUGUCAGCGUGGUUUUCAAUCAGACAUGGUUGCCUGAGUGUUUCAGUGCUAGAGUAAAAAUGAUAAAAUACAACAGAUUUUUUUUCUUUUUCAUGCGGUAGUAUUUUGCUACCUGUACCAUUUAGUUGAUGAGAAAAUGUCAUAAUGAUGCACUAAUCCUAUUUUCCAUUAAGAGAGAGAUGUUGUACUUUAUUUGUCUUUAAUGUUUUAUAACUAACAUUUGAUUUUAUUGGUUAUUAUAUUUCUGUCACAAUGUUUCCAUUUUUCUUUCACCGGCAUUCAGACAGAUGUGCUCCCACUUAGUGGUACGAGACCACCUCACCAGGAUGUAAUGUAUACAUACUCCAUAAUCUACUUGAAGUCUGUCUAGUUGGCUCUUUUACAUGAUGUAACAGAAAAAAAUGCAAUUUCUGUUCCCUCAACGUUCCACUCAACAAAACACAUCAACAUUUGGUGCACGCCUGAUCUCUCACUGGCUGGCAUCACAAGGGCAGAGAUAUGCGAAUCCAGGGUAAAGAUGAAAAAUACUGACUGAAUGAAAAAGAGUUAAGGUUGUGUUCCAGGACUCUGUGAGCUUUCUCAACAUCUGAACAUCCACCAGAUCACUGGUGAUGCAAGGCUAUGGCUUGGUUUUAUUUUAUUCACAUGCUAAAUUGACAUAUUUGCAGAAACUACUGGAUUUUAUUUUAUAAAUUAAUUUGAAUACAUUUUUAAAAGCUUUGCCAUACAUGUGCUGCAAAUAGGUACUGUAAAACAUUGUAAGUGGUGCAUGUUAAUCAAACCCAAAUCCUAGUCGUGCCCAUUGCCCUUACCCUAGAUAACUGUACGAUGUGAGCUUUUUAUUUUCUGAUGCACAUGCAGAUUGAGUGGCUGAUCAUCAAAUUUCACACAUGUAACCAGUAAGUUUAUUACUACGUAACCGCUUAAAAUCCACGAAUUAAAGCUAAAAGAUUUGUCAUAAAUUUACGUGUAAUUGUGUCCAUUUAAAUGACUAGGUGUUGUGUAAAUUUCAGUGUUUACAUUAUAUUGCAGGACUGCUGCUUAAAGUGGAACAUUAACAGUAUGAGUACAACAUUAUAAGUUAUGACGGCUUAAACUGUUCUGGGUAAAGGUUGUUUCACUAGUUUAGAAAAAGGGUUUUUAAAGAAAACUUUAAAUAACACUGUUGGGCAUCAAGCAUAACGUUAUGACCACUGACAGGUGAAGUGAAUAACUGGUCAUCUCUACAUAAUGACGUACUAGUGGAUGGUAUGUAUCAUGGCGCAAGUGAACAUUUUGUCCUCAAAGUUAAAAGUUAACAGCCGAAAAAAUGGACAAGCAUAAGGACUUGAUUGAGUUUGAUUGAGACUUGAUUAAGACUAGCGCCCAACUAGCAUCUCAGAGCAUCUCAUAAACCGCAGUUCUUGUGGGGUGUUACUGGUGUGCAUAAAUUAAGAAUUUAUUCUAACACUUACUUUGCUUUGCUACAUACUUUCUUCUAAGGUAGUUGGCAAACUGAAAGCGAAAAUGAAAAACUAUACUCUGUUUUGGGCGAGAACGCCAUUCAAAUACAUGUAUUAGUAGGAAUCGCCUCGUCUGGAUGAAAUAAAGCGUUCUGGUACAACUUCAUAAAGAUAGCAGUAAGUAUUGAAAGAAGACUCAGACAAGCAUAUUAAUGGCUGAAUCUUACAGAAUUCAACAUCACCAUGUUGUGCAAACAGGUUUUGCAGAUGUUGGAUCUAAGACUUUCAAGUUAUUCACAAAAUGGAAAACUAUACUCUGUUUCGGGCGAGAAUGCCAUUCAAAUGCAUGUAACAGUAAGAAUAGCAUUGUCUGGGCGAAAUACAGUGGUCCUUUGUUUAUCGCGGGAGUUACGUUCCAAGUCCGCAAAUUAGCCAACUUCAUUUUUUACAAUUAUUAUAGAUGUUUUAAGGCUGUAAAACCCCUCACUACACACUUUAUAUAUUUAUCUCAGAGAGGUAUUAACAUUUUCACACUUUUCUCUCUUGUUUAAACACUCUCAAAGUUCAAACUGUAGCGGGUCAGGGCUGUUUGGGGUUUGACAGCUAUGUUCUGUUGUUCUAGGUGGCAGUGUUACGUUGCCAUGGUUACAAUGCGACACUCUCUCUCUGCGACCGUGUGUUUUCCAGGUGGACAGAGCGCCAUUGGUGAAUGCUAAUGCUACACCGGAGGGUUUUUUGCCUGUUCUUUGUAAAAAGAAGCAUUCUAAUAAAGCCAGCUGUGCUCCCUGGCAACUCGGGGAAGAAAGACCAAACGACACUUCUGUCUCCUCCUUGUCUGAGCGUCAUAGAAUCUUCAUAGAAAAAAAGGUCCAGUAUUAUAGAAUAAAACCAAAGGCACCCGCAGGUGCCUUUGACGGUGCAAAAGGUAUUGUCAACAUUGUUGUGUUUGUCGGGAAGAAAACUUAGAAACAUACAGUACAGCACUUCAGAGUCACUCUGCUAACAAUAAAAGAUUUAUAUAAAUGUAUCAAGCUGAGCGCAUUUUGUACUGUACAGGAAACACAGCAUGAGAUUGACUGACAAUGGCCUACAGCAAAUUAGAAUGCAGAACACAAUGCUCUGUAAGAAAAAAAUAAAAAGCAUGCAAAAUUCACCAAAAAAAAGGUCGCGAAACAGUGAGACCACCAAAGGUGAACGGCGUGGCGAGGGACUACUGUAAACCGUUUCUGUACAACUUCAUAAAGAUAGCU